ACCGUUCUCAUAGCACAUCCUUAAUCUAAAGCUUCUUUUCUCUUUUCUAAAGUAGAAUAGUUGUCAUUAAGACUCCUCUCCCCACCAUUGCAGAGAUGGGACAAAUGGAGAAUACUAAUACUUCCCUUGUUCUGAUGCUUGUUGGGUCUGCUUUGAUGUUAUGGUUUCACCCAAUACAAGCACAAAAUGGUCUUUUCCAUGAUUAUUAUGCCAAAUCUUGUCCCAAAGUUGAGGCAAUCAUUCAAUCGGUUGUGGCAAAGGCUGUGAAAAAGGAAGCAAGAAUAGCUGCUUCCUUGCUUCGACUACAUUUUCAUUUAAGGUGAGAUUUUUUAUUUCAAUCUUUUAUUUUGCGUUAUGCAUUGCUUGGAUGUGAUGCUUCACUUCUUCUUGACGACACCUCCAACUUCACAGGAGAGAAGACAGCUAAUCCCAACAGGAACUCUGCGAGAGGUUUCAACGUUGUGGAUAAUAUAAAGAGUGCAGUGGAGAAAGCCUGUCCAGGUGUUGUGUCUUGUGCUGAUAUUCUUGCUGUGGCAGCUCGGGAUUCAGUACUCAUUAGUGGAGGACCUUCAUGGGUUGUUCCUUUGGGGAGAAGGGAUUCGAGAGGUGCAAGCAUACAAGGAGCGAACAAUAAUAUUCCUCAACCCAACUCAACCCAUCAGACAUUGGAGACCAAAUUCAAACUCAAAGGGCUCAACGUGGUUGACCUUGUAGUUCUCUCUGCUGGACACACCAUUGGAUUAUCCAGGUGCACAAGCUUCAAGCAAAGGCUAUACAACUUGACAGGAAAUGGAAAGCCGGAUCCCACUGUGGACCAGGGGUAUUUAAAGCAGUUGAGGACUUUAUGUCCCCAAACCGGUACAGACGACAACCAAACCACACCACUGGAUCCUGUUAGCCCCACUAAAUUUGACACAAACUAUUUCAAAAACUUGGAAGUAGGAAGAGGUCUUCUCAUCACUGAUGAGAUUCUGUAUACUACAAAAGGGAGCGAGACGGCAGCCUUAGUGAAGUUUUAUGCCAGGCAUUCCCAGGCUUUCUUCCAACAAUUUGCUAAGUCUAUGAUAAAGAUGGGCAACAUUACUCCUCUCAUCAAGCCUCGUGGAGAGAUUAGAAAAAACUGUCGUAAAAUGAAUUAGUCAGAUGUUAUCUCUUUUGGAUUGAACUUUGAAGAUCUGUUAUUUCAUUGUUGGGUUAAGCAUAUUUAUGUCUUGAAUAAUCUUUGUAUUGGGUGAUUUCAUAAAACAAACAUUUUUAGGCCUUGUCAGGCCAGGCGUGUUUACAGUUCUUGCAGGUGUGUAUGUAAAUGGCACCAUUUGACUGCUAUUAAAUAAAUGUACUCCAGCUUUCAAUGGGAUUUUUUAUACUAUUUUGUGGAAA